AUGGCACCCACGGAGAUCCCCCCCGGUUUUCUCGGCAAUCUGACCACAGACCAGCAAAAGAAGCUCGAGCAUCUCUGGACUAUUACCCUGAGUCUGUCAACUGUUCUUGCGCCUACCACGACCACGGAAGAGACUCACCACGAACGGACAUCCUCGCUGGCUCGCACCAAAACCACCGUGUCCAAGGGCAGCACGGCUACAUCUCCGACCCAUUCAACACAGCUGAACCGGCAACUACAAGCACUGGGAUUACACCAUGCAGAGAUUAAACAUAUUCAACAUAUUCUGACUCAGAUCUCACCAGAGGAGAUUCGAGACGGACUGUUGAGCACAGCCAGACAUGACCACCCGGACGCGCUGCUGCUGCGCUUCCUACGCGCGCGUAAGUGGGAUGUUAACAAAGCAUUUGUCAUGAUGCUGGACGCGGUGCUGUGGCGCAUGAAGGAAUUCCAUGUAGACGACGAGGUUAUCGCCAAGGGAGAGCUGCAUUCUCUGAAGGCAUCACGGGACAGCGACGCCGUUGCAGCGAAGCAUGGCAAGGACUUUCUGGCGCAGAUGCGCAUGGGCAAGGCAUAUGUUCAUGGUGUCGAUCGGUUGGGGAGGCCAAUUGUUGUGAUUCGGGUGAAGCUGCACAAGCCGGGUGCGCAGAGUGAAGAGACGUUGAAUCAGUUUAUUAUCCACGUCAUCGAAUCGGUGCGGUUACUGCUCGUGCCGCCUGUUGAGACUGCAGCGGUUGUGUUUGAUAUGUCUGGUUUCGGCUUGUCGAAUAUGGAAUAUCCGCCCGUCAAGUUCAUCAUUAAGUGCUUCGAAGCAAACUACCCUGAGUCGCUAGGGGUAUUGCUCAUUCAUAACGCUCCCUGGGUAUUUUCUGGAAUCUGGCGUCUUAUCAAAGGCUGGAUGGACCCGGUCAUUGUCUCCAAAAUCCAGUUCACCAAGUCCAUCGCCGACUUGAAAAAAAUCAUACCCCGCGACCAGAUCGUCAAGGAGUUAGGAGGGACGGAGGAUUGGACAUAUGAGUACAUUGAGCCCGAUGAGAACGAGAAUAAGAAAAUGGAAGACACAUCCACUCGCGACGCGCUGCUGCUCCAACGGGCCAAUAUCGGCGAUGAAUUGCUCGCCGUCACAUCCAGAUGGGUGACAGCAAUCAAGGAUAACAACGAGACGGAGACAACUGCCGCCAAGGCUCGUCGGGACGAGUUGAUCGAGGAGUUGCGCACGAAUUAUUGGAAGUUGGAUCCCUAUGUGCGUGGUCGGAACUGCUUGGAUCGAACGGGGGUGAUCAGAGAUGGAGGCAAGAUUGAUUUCUAUCCGAAGAGUCAGCCACGGUCGGAUCUUGAACUAGCGAAGGUGAUUGAAGAGGUAAAGCACGUUGAACAAGCCCCGGUGCAGGUUGUUGAUGUUUGA